CUCUGCGGAACUGUUUAUGCGCUCCCGUGUCUACACGGACGACAAUGGCGGACGGCAGUCGCUGCACUUCCGUUGCCCAUGACGCCGGAGCGAAGUUCUGACAGCUGAAUUUCCAGCCAGCGUAAAUCCCACUCUGAGACGCCUAAAGCCUCCGGUUUUUUUCCGGGGAGGUUUGAGAGUCGGACGUGCCCGCGACCCUCUCCGGCUGGAUUUGCACACGGCGCCUUGCACACAGAGGAGCGCGGGUUGACUAUGGUGUAGCACGGACAGCUAGCUCUGAGACAGCAGCAGGUAGUCGGUGCCAGGCAGCAGUGAUUGACGGCGGAGGCAGGUGGGCGUUGUGACACAUUUGUCACCUGACACCCCUCCCUCUCUGCUGACUGCUGCGCACACACACUGCAGGGACACCAGUGGAUUGCUCCCAUAGAGUGAGAGAGGGCAUUCGAGAGGCGGUGCGGUGCGGUGCAGUACAGCGGUGUGGGGCAGAUCGCGGGGGAUCAUAGCAGCGUAGCCAUGCUCACACUGGCGAGUAAACAGAAGAGGGACGAUGGAGGAAAGACGGGCCGUGCCCCCGGUCCCUCCGACUCCACGCAUAGAAUCUCCAUCAGGGACCGCCUCCUUACCAAAGAAGUCGCAGAACUUGAAGCCAAUCUCCCAAGUACAUGCACAGCCAGUUUCCCAGAUGAGGACAAGCUGCAUCAUUUUCACUUGGCAGUGUCUCCCGACGAGGGUUACUACCAAAGUGGAAGAUUUCAGUUUGAAAUUGACGUUCCCGAAGCCUAUAACAUGGUGCCUCCUAAAGUGCGAUGUCUGACCAGAAUAUGGCAUCCGAACAUCACAGAGAACGGAGAGAUCUGUUUGAGCUUAUUGCGGGAACACUCUAUUGAUGGCACAGGCUGGGCCCCCACUAGAACAUUAAAGGACGUGGUCUGGGGAUUGAACUCCUUGUUUACUGACCUGUUGAAUUUUGAUGACCCGUUGAACAUUGAUGCAGCAGAACAUCAUCUGAGGGACAAGGAGGAUUUUCGGAGUAAGGUUCAAGAUUACAUCAAGCACUACGCCAGAUGAUAGAAGCACCGACAUCAGCCUGUACCAAUCAACCAAACUACUCUACCUUGCCUCUGCUUAUCUUGGCCAACUCCCCGAUGUGUGUGAAUCAACAGCUGACUCUUACGACUCCCCUCCUCCUGGCACCACAGCUCCACCUAUGCCCUUCUCUGUUCACCCAAUUGCAAUAAACUACCUUGCAGGAACAAAAAGAAAAGAAAAAAAAGUGUGUUUAAGAAAGGACUUGCACAGAAAUGAAAAAGAUCCUUUAACUAUCCUUAACAGUUGAGUGUUGCAAUGUCUGUUCAUUGUGGCAAAUCUGAAUGCCGCCUCACUGAGGUGUGCCUGAGCCAGUCGGAAAUGAGCCAUGGGAACGAAUGGCAAGGGAUUUGAUUGGAGGAUUCACUGGUGGAAAAAAAUACUACUUGCAUUUAGCUGUUUAAAAUUUGAUGAAUCACGAAAAAGAAUAUGUUACUAUCAGUUCUCUGUACCAGUGCCUGCCGUGUUUGUGUUGCUAAAGAGAAAAUGCAUGUGGGCUCACAAGCACACACACACACACACACACACACACACACACACACACACACACACACACAAACACACACACACACACACACACACACACACACACACACACACACACACCCUGUGGUAAGAGGUGAACACAUGCUCACACAUUUCUGUACACUCGUCUGAUACACACAGAUAAAUUGGAAAGACUAAAGACUUCUGCCCCACUAGACAGCAUGUGAAUGCCGACAUUGUCCAGUUAAGUCUUUUAUUCUGCUUGCAUGUGUACUAUUUUCAGCUUCACAUCUUCUUUGACCCAGACUCUCCUCACUGUUUUUGUUUUUGCUCCAUUUGUCUUUCUGUGUCUCUCUCUCACACAACCCCCAACCGUGCAUACCUUUGCCAUUUGAGGUUAAUCCAUCCAGUGCAAUCUAUGACAGUGACACCUUUUUGUUAUGCAAGCGCCGUACUCUGCACUGGGUUUGAAAUAACUAUGGGUUUAAAGUACUGAUUUGGAUUUAAAUGUGCUAUUUGUACAUUUUUCUGUUGCCACUUAGCCAAACACCGAGCAACAUCUGGCACAAAUGUUGAGAGUUCAGCAUCAAAUUUGCAAUUCCAAUGUUAAAGGGGCAGUAAGCGAUUCUAAACCAAUACACGUUGUGUAAAAAUCGGCGUAUAUUUUCUCACGGUCCGCUAGCUGUCGGUUCUGUGUGCUCCCCAAAAUAAAAAAUCGGGGUUUUCUGAAAAUCAAAAUCAAAAAAUUGGUGUAAAAUCACUUGUAGACACCUCAAGAGAUGUGCUAGCUGGUGGCGCUGCAACUCUGCGGUUUUGGCCCUCGUGGUUAGCGCAUCCGUCCCCCAUGCCCGAGGUUGCGGGUUCACUGGCCCGGCCAGGGCAGUAAAAUCACAACUCGUGUUUUGCUUCUACUUCUCUCACUUCUUUCCUUCUUCCGGAAUUAGCAUGCUAUGCUAGCCCCGUCCUAACCUAUCGGUGAAGGUGAUAAUAGAGGCUGUCUUGUCAGUGUGUGAUAGCCGAGGAAUGUAGCAUCCAGUCGGCCCCUAAAGAAGUAGCUCCGCUCAGAGGCCACAUCUUGACCUUUUCUCUUUUUAAACAUAACAAUUGCUGAAGCUCUUGGCCGGCGGCCACCACCCACUCCCGGCGAACCGCAUUCAGCGGCAGAGAAAACAUACCGAUAGCACCGUUGAUUUUAAAUCCAUAACAAAUUAACCUUGCAGGAAUUGUAGCUCACCACUCCCAUGUUUAAUGGACAAGCAGCUAUAAUCCCUGUUUUUGAAAUAGUCCCGAAUGAAAAUAAGAGCACCUGAAAGUCAGCACUUUAAACUCAUAGUCAUUGUUUCAUCUCCAUAAUUCUUCGCUAUGGACUAAAAACAUUUUUACUGUCUCCAGACUUCUCUUUUGUGGGAGAUUCCACAAGCUACGGUGUAGAGUAUGUCUGUCUAGGAAGACGAUACUCCUCAAACUUCUCUUUGCGUGUGUUCCUGCGCGUGUAUGGAUAUGUCAGUCGAGAGUAUAAGUUCAGAAAGAAAGUCAGGCAGCAAACUAGCUAGCGACCAGGCUAUCGAAGUAGCAGACUAGCUAGCUAGCGAGUGAGCGGUUUUCGCAUCAAAAGAUGCCAUUUUCACCCAGUGUGUGUCGUCCUCACUGUCCGUACAAUGUGCGGCGAUAGCUUACAGUAGCUUGACCUAGGCCACAAGGUCACAAAAAUCUACUUCCCGUGACUCCAGAUGAGCUCGCCCUUUAAAGGCAUAGUUCAGUGAUUUUGAAGUUGGGUUGUGUGAGUUACUUAUGCACAGUUAACAUGUCACCUCGUGAUGAUGGUGAGAUGGUGAUCAGCCAUGUCAUUUAACGGAGUUUGGAGGGGAAAUGGAAGUAGCGUAAGUCUCAGUCCCACUGUUGCGGAGGGGACCCCCGAAGGACCCCUGAAAAACGUCUUUUUCGACACAUUUUCAAACACUUACCCCCCCCCCCAAAAAAAACAGUCUGUUCAAUUGUACAGUGAAGGGCGUAUUCUUUCACUGCUUCAGUUUUCCUCCAGACAGCCGUUCUAAGUUUGCACUUUUUUUCCCUGGCGUACUUCGGCCAUGCCGGCCGAGCAUCACUCCGCAAAUCAUCUGUUCGCCUCAGAGCUACCGCGGCGAGCUGGCGCAGUAAUAUAUGGCCGAAGUGCCCUUAAAAAAAGAAAAACUGCAAACUUAAACGGCUGGCUGGCGGCGAACUGAAGCAGUGAAAAAAAUACGUCAUUUACUGUACGAUUGAAAGGAUAUAGAUUUUUAAUAUAACGUUUUAAAAUGUGGCGAAAAAGACGUUUUCCAGUGGUCCCCUCUGCAACAGUGGGACUCGGACUCACGCUGCUUCCACUUCUCUCCUCCAAACUCCGUUUAAUGACAUCGCUGAUCACCGUCUCCAUGAGGUGACGUAUUAACUGUGCAUAAGUAACUCAUACAACCCCACUUUCAAGAUCACUGAACUAUCCCUUUAAUGUACUUUGUUAGCAGAUUUGAUGGCCCGUGAACAUUGACCACACUGAGUGUACAGUGAUAUGGGAUGGCUUUCGUAGCGAACGAGAGAAUGUCAAACCGUGUGUGUGUGUGUGCAUUAAAGAGAGAUUGUGCCACUCAGUGAGGUCUUUGUGUGUGUGUGUGUGUGCGUGUGUGCGUGUGUGCGUGCGUGCGUGCGUGCGUGCGUGCGUGCCUGCGUGCCCUGGCUAGGGCCGUGCCUCCAGUUUGAAGUCGCAUUUCUUAUAAUCAACUGUUGUCACUCCAUCCAGCUUUGUCGUCACAUGUCUGCAUGAAGCAAAAAAAAUCAGAGUAAUCUGCCAGGGGUGCGUUUGACAAAAGGGGAUGUCGGAAAACAUAGUUGUUAAGGGUUGAACGUUUAUGCUGGGGGUGUGUGUAAAGACUGAGCAUUUAUGCCUGUGUGUGUGUAUGUGUGAGGGAGCGAGCGUUUGCGUCAGUGUGACCUGUUGAAACGUGUUGGCAUGCUCUGGUUUUCCGUUUGCCCCCCCCCCCCUUUUUUUUCUUCUUCUUUUUGUUAUUCUGACCCAUUGUUCAACAGCUCCAAUGUUUUGCUUCCCAUCCUGAUGAAAGUGAACAGAUCGACAGACGACACUGGCCUCUGUCAAAAUAAAAGAGCUGAUGAAACGAUGGGUCUGUCGUGUGCAUAACGUUGGCGUUCCAUGGCGUUUGUCCCCCUCAUGGGUUUCGGUCCAAUCAAACCUUGAAGGCUAAUGCCACUGCCUAUUUAUUUAAAAGCCAUCCCUUUUUUAAUUGCGGUGACAGCAAAUUGCCUCCGGGGCAUGGUAGCCCACCACUCUACUUUUUAAUCAUAGCCUUACUAAUACUCGGUCGGAUGCCUACGUCCUUUGCUUUGGCAGUCAGCAGUGUUAUGAUCUCCCCAGGAUGUGACUGGGAAGUGUCUCUGCCUGGGCCGACUCCAUCGCUGGGCCCGGGGAGAAGAUUAACAGCCGGUUCUUUCUCCCAAGUCCUCGACCCUUUCUUUCUCAGAUUGUAUAUCCAUUUUUUAAAAGAUAUAUUAAAGAGACUAUACAUAGAACAAAACGUCUUGUUUUAUCAUGUGCUCUUUUUCCCCCCUUCACCCACUUAAUGUGUGAUCAUUUUAGCACUGCAAAUAAUGUUCAUUUUCAUUUCUAAUUAAUGCUGAUGAUUGCUGGGGAUUAUUUUAUGCAUUAUUCAUUUUGGUUUGUGAAGAUGUCUUUGAGGUUGAAGGACACCAUCAGUUUCUUUUGUUGACUUCAGUCCACCUGGCGCACACAAACGGAUCAAUGUAUACUGUAUAUUCUCUCCUCCUUAACCCUCCAAGACAAAAUUGUUUUGGGAAAUUAAACAUAUUUUACUGAACCAUC